AUGCCUUCCGCUUCACCAGCCAUCACUGCAAUCGCCCUUCUCACCGUAAGUUCACACGAAAAGGCAAUGCUUCACGAUAUCUACGAACUCCUCGACAAACUCUUUGUGCGCAAUAGGAACCAGCACCGCCGCUCCCACUGGUGGAAGGGCCUCCACGCAUUCCGGAAGCAGACCGGCCUUCUCCUUCAAGAGAUGGAGGGCAAGAAGAGUGAGCGUGAGGGGAAACUUGAAGCGAGACUGCAGUAUUGGGAUGAGAAGUGCAUCCAUCAGUGGUAUUAUCAAUUGGUUGCCGUGGGCCCGUUUGCAAUGCUAGGCUUAGUCAUGAUGGCUUCUGUCGCUCGAGUCUGCCGCAUUACUGGCAUCACAGCCGUCUAUGAAGAGAUCGCUUCCGGGGAUGUUCAAGGCGUCCUGAGCGCGAGUGAUGAGUUAGCUUUAGCCGCUGAGUUUGGUAACGUCCUAGAUGCUGAAGAGGACUGGGAUGAGGGCGUUGUAAUAGCGAGAGACGAGUAG